CCAAGUAAUUUUCAUAUCGACUGUCGACUCGUUUAUAAUUUUUACAGUCGUUUAACUUUUAAGGUUUAUAGUUUUGGUUUUAGUCGUAAAUAUUUUCGUUAUGUGAAUACUUUCUGAUUAGUUUAUUAUUAACCUGGAAGUGUGGAACUUGGGAACGUGCUCCUUUUCUAGUAUCCCAGCUGUAUGAACGGUCAGAAGAAGACCAUGUCGGCGUACAUCCACCGCUCCCAGUCGCACAUGGACUCCCCCACCGCCAAGUACUCCGAUACGGCGGACGAUGACGAAAUGGCCGUGUUUGAUGGUGAAGGGCGCAUCGGCGACCAGAACGGCUUGGGCAAGGUGUCCAAUCCGCUGAAAAUCUUCCGUGCGGCGAAGAAGAAGAUUGGGGAUAUUUUUAAAGAGCUGGAUGAUCAUAUGAAGCAGAGCAGUGCCUUUUUUAACAGAAUUAAAAAUGGUGGUGUGAUUCCCGAUGAUGUGGCCGUGACGAAUGAUGUGGAUGAAAAUUGUGAGAAAAUCAGAGGAAUUCUCGAUGUGGUUUCCCGUGAUCACAUGAAAGUCGUCUUUUUCGGCAGGACGAGUAAUGGAAAGUCUUCGGUGAUCAAUGCCAUGUUACGGGACAGAAUUUUACCCACCGGAAUCGGCCACACGACGAACUGUUUUAUCCAGGUGGAAGGUAUUGACGGUGAAGAACCGUACGCUUUAGUGGAAGGAUCGAAUCAGCGCUAUAACGUCACGUCGAUAAAAAGUCUGUCGCAUGCCUUGAGCGCCGAGCAUCUCAGCGAGCAGACGCUGGUGAAGCUGAUGUGGCCGAAGAGCAAGUGCUACCUCCUGCAAGAGGACGUCGUGCUGGUGGACAGUCCGGGCAUCGACGUUACCGCCAACACCGACAGCUGGAUCGACAAGUACUGCACGGACGCCGACGUCUUCGUGCUCGUCGCCAACGCCGAGUCCACGCUCAUGCAGACGGAGAAGAACUUCUUCCACAAAGUCAGCACCAAACUCUCCCAGCCCCACGUCUUUAUCCUCAAUAAUCGCUGGGAUGCGUCGGCCAACGAGCCGGAAACGAUGGACGAUGUGCGGAAGCAGCAUUUAAGCCGCAAUCUAGAGUUCCUAACCGAAGAAUUGAAGGGUAUCUCCAAACAGCAGGCCAUUGAGCGCGUGUAUUUCGUCUCCGCCAAAGAAGUCCUGACCACCGCCAUGAAGAAGCAGAAGAACGAGGAAGUCAAUACGGCGAAUUUCGCGGACGGUUAUUUAAUGCGGAUGCAUGAUUUUGAGACGUUCGAACGAAAAUUCCAACAGUGUAUUUCGAAAUCCGCUGUCCGCACCAAAUUCGAACAGCACACGGUGCAGGGCCGGAAGAUCGCUCGUGUUAUCCGCUCACAACUGGAAUUGGUGUAUGAUCGCGCUAACUCAAGAAGAGCGAGUCGUGAAGAAGAGCGUCUGCGGCAGGAAGCAGUCUUCCAGAUGAAGACGACGCAUUACGAGGCAUUAAUCGUCGAAUUCAAGGAAAAGAUCGAUUUACUCUCCCGAAAAGCUGGACAGGAGGUUAUUGCGGGAUUCCGAGAGGAACUGGGCAAACUUCCAACGACCGUGAAUUCGUAUUCACGAAACUGGCCGUUGACGAACGAACAAAUGGAAAUCUACAAAGCUGGUCUGUACGAGACGUUCGAGCGGAAUCUGCUGCGCAACUUCGAAGCGCGCUGCUCCGUCCCGGUGAAUAAUGCCGUUGAUCUCCUGCAUCGGGAAAUGCUGAACCGUCUCGGCGCCCUCCUCCCCGACCAGUCGCGCGACGUCCUCCUAGCCCCCCUCCACCGGCGCCACCGCUUCAAUCUGCGCGUCCACUUCGGCAUCCCCGAGAUGUGUGUCGGCUUCCACGAAGAUCUGACCUUCCGUUUCUCCUUAGGCUGGGACCGGCUAGCGCGCCUGGUACUCAACCGGAAUGAAGUUCGUAAACUGACAUUUUUCGGCUUCUUACCAGCGCGUCAGAUCGAGCCGCCGCCCGUCCCGGCGGGCUAUCCCAAAUCGGCGGAGGUCGGGACGACGGUGCGCGAUGUGGUCAUGCCCAAGUCGGCGCCGGCCGCGCUGCCCACCCAGCCGACGGAGCGCAAUCUGGAUUUGGUGGAAAUCGCGGCGAUUUUAUCCAAGUGCGGAGUGGGCACCGGCGCCGUUGUCUUCAUGGUAUGGCGCAGUAUUGGUUGGCGUGUCAUCGCCGGGGCCGCGGCCACGUACGGUUUGCUUUACGGCGCCGAGCGACUAGCCUGGCAUUUCCGCACCCGUCGGCGUGUGUUCAAACAGCAGUUCAUCGAUUUCGUCAAGCCACAACUGGCCAGUUUAAUCCAUCCGACGGCCAACAGUACGACGUGCCAAGUUCAGGAGGAAUUGACGUAUAACUAUCAGGAAUUAUUGCGGAUGGUCAACGAAUCCACGAUGGAGUUGUCGGAGCGCAUCGCCGCGCUGCGGAAGGAAGUGCGCUCACUGGAUGACGUCACUUCGCAGGCGGAUAGUCUCAAACGAACAUCGGCGGAUGUGGAGAUGAAGCUGCAGAAUUUCCUGGACAGUUUCAUCGCGCCGCAGCAGUUACAGUCCGGCGAAGAUCUGACCCGUCCCAACGAAGAGUUCUGGGCCACCUAAGACGCUUGUGUGUGUAUUGCUCGCGAGCAUUGUUUGAUUUCUUCGAACACCCGACUGCAUGUAUUUAUUUCCUGCUGCGUUUGUACCUGAGGUGGUUCCUCACUAGUUUGCAAAACGGUUGGGAAGAGUUUGUUGAUAUAAACGUUCGACUGUAGUUGGGGUGAUUUUUAAUGUGUUUUUCCUUAUACUGUGUUUUUUUUGCCGAAUUUUUCUCGGCUGUUUAAAAUGUGUGGUUUGGUUAGUUGUGUUAGGAAGUUGCUGUGUUUUUGCCUUUGGAGAAUUAAAGGUUAUUUAUGCAGUUAAGAAA